UAUUUUGCCAACUCAAUGUACCUUCAAGACAGAAUUUUGAGGUGGGUGAGAGAUGAAGAAGAAAGAGCAGCAAAAUUGAAGGAGGGUGACAUAAAAUGCAUAGUUUUGGACAUUUCUGCUGUUACAGCAAUAGACGCAAGUGGAAUUGAUGCUCUUCUGGAACUCAAGAAGGCCCUCAACAACAGAUCACUCCAACUUGUGCUUGUAAAUCCGGUUGCCGGCGUAGCGGAGAAACUGUAUCUAUCAGAUGCUUUGGAGAAACUUGGAUCUGAAUGUAUUUAUAUGCGUGUUAGUGAGGCAGUUAUAGCAAUCUCCUGCAAGUUGAAAGACCAACCAUAACGAAAUGAAGUUUUCAUAACGAGGAUUAAUGAAUAGAUUAAGGAGACUAAUCUCAUGUUUAAUUGCAGCAGCUCUUCCAAGAAGAGGUUUUGGAGAAAAAUUAAAUGGAAAAAUAUGGCCAAGUUAUUAGGAAGACCUUUCAUGUAAAGCUUUUGGAUCUGAAGUAGGAUCAUUGCUUCGUUUAAGAUUUGUGCUGGAAAUAUGCCAAUAUUUAUUCUUUAGAAUUUUGUCAAAGAGCCUUCGAAAUUCUUCAGUGCUUGAAUAAAGCUUCCCUCGUUUAAUUAAAU